AUGGCGAAGAAGUUGACCGCCUUCUCCACCGCCGGCAGCAACGUGGCUGGAGGGGGCUACUACCACCUGCCCAUCACCGACAUCGUCAUCACCAAGAGGGACGGCCAAAAGGUGAAGACGGUGCAAGUGGUUAAGGCGGACGGUUCCGACGAAGACCUCAUCGAGCUGUCGUACAUUACUACCAAGGUGAUCGGCAAAGGCACUUUCGGCGUGGUUCAGCAGAUCAAGCUGGUUGACACGGGGGAGGUGUACGCCGUGAAGUGGGUGCGCCAAGACCGCAAGUUUAAAAAUCGCGAACUGCAAAUCAUGCGCCACCUGUCGCACACAAACAUUACGCAACUGCGCUACUUUUUCUGCACGCUGGACAAGAACAAGGACACCGUGUACCUGAACCUCGUUAUGGAGUACAUUCCGGAGACGGUUCACCGAGUCAUCCUGCACUACAGCCGCAACAAGCACACCUUCCCCCUUUUCUUCAUCAAGCUCUAUAUGUACCAGAUACUUCGCGGUCUCGCCUACAUUCACAUGCUCGGCAUCUCCCAUAGGGACAUCAAGCCGCAGAACCUGCUGUGCGACCCGGACAGGUGCAUCGUAAAGGUGUGCGACUUCGGGUCCGCCAAGUACAUGAUCAAGGGCGAGCCCAACGUGGCGUACAUCUGCUCCCGGUACUACCGGGCGCCCGAGCUCAUACUGGGAGCCACCGAGUACACCACCAUGGUCGACGUCUGGUCCGCGGGCUGCGUCCUUGCCGAGUUCUUUAUCGCCAGACCCGUAUUUCCCGGAGACAGCAAUCUGGACCAGUUCUCGGAGAUCAUGCGCAUCCUGGGUACGCCGACCGAGGAGCAGGUCCUCGAGAUGAACCCCAACUGGACGGAGUGCCGGUUCCCCAAGCGAAAGGCGGUUGCGUGGGAGAAAGUCCUCGAAGGGAAAGGAACUCCGAGCGCCAUCGACCUCACCGUCAGGCUCUUGGACUACGUGCCUGCCAAGCGCAUGACGUGCUUCGACGGAAUGACCCACGUCUUCUUCGACGACCUACGAAAGCCCGGUAUUACGCUGCCGGACGGCGGGCCCCUGCCACAGCUUUUUAACUUCUCCCACGAAGAGCUGCAAGUGAACCCUUCCAUCAACCACUUGCUGCGGCCACAUUGA